AUGGUAAAUCAGUGCCUACAAAUUCCAAUGGUGGCUAUUGGAAUGAAUGAAAAAUUGUAUCCAUAUAUUCAGCAAAUAGAAAAUGGUGAGGAUGAUGAAAACGCAAGCCAGAAGCUAUUAGUACUUUUGCAAAAAUUGCUUGUUUCAUGGCCAGAUCCUGCUGAAUUGCAUGUCUCACAGAAGAAAAGAAAAUAUAUGCAACAAAUGUAUCCUAUAAUAUAUCCUAAUACAACUAAUGUUUUAACAGAAGACAAUGAUUCUUCUAAUAAACAUGUAAA